AUGGGCUCAGUUUACCAGACCCAUUCUCCCGUCGAUGUGCCCAUGGGCGUCGGCUCGUGGCCACUGCCGUCACCGGCCAUCAAUGCGAAGCCGAAGCAUGUCAGCUUCGAGCUGCUGCUGGAGACACCACACUCUCGCGCGCGCCUGCCGAUGAGGGUGAACAUAUGGCCGCAUGACACCACGGAAUCGAUCGUUGCGACCGUCAAGAACUUCCACGGCAUCUACGACGGUCAGGGUUACGGCGUGAGCUUCGAGGACCGGCACGGCAACACUCUCAUCGCGAGGUAUGAGAACUUCGAGCAUAACAUGACCGUCUUCGUGCGCCGCAUACCGCAAGACAUCGAUGACUUCAACCCUACUCCUCGCCAAUCCCUCUCCCCUCGCAAGAACCGCCUCGACGAGCCCUUCCAAAUGCUCCCUCCGCAACUGAACUCUCGGCCUCCGUCCAUAUCGGCUAGGAAUCGCAGCAUGUCGCCUGACAACCACCGCGGUCGUCGUAGUGUGUCCAGGAGCACCAACCGCAAGUCUCGCUCUCGUCCGGGGCUCAAGGUCAGAGCAACAAGUUCGCAUGGUAGCCUUGCCGACUUCAAUGGCGACUACAGCGAUAGCGAGGCAGGCGAGGGAUCGGUCACAAGCUCUCGCAGAGACAAUGUUGCGAGUGCGGAGAUCAGCUUGGAUAACAUUGUCGAGGGUGGUCGACGAAAGCGUGCGAAGUUCGACAGCUCGGAAUUGCCGCUCUUUGCGCCCCCUCAGGUGCCCAUGACUGCGUCAAUCUCGUCUAUCUCUCCGCAGCGACGCAUUAGCAGCAACAAUGGCACAUCGCCUUAUUCGUACCCCAACCAGCAGACGUUUUCCUACACGCACCCACUGCCUUCACCGCAAAGCCAUGGGGACGUUUCAUACGUGCAGGGGUUCCCAAUGGGAACUCCAUACGCUACCUCCAGCGGACAGCCGCACGGACACCGCCCACGAACACGUGGCACCGGUCAGAGCAUCCCGCGAAACUCCUACGGUGGUGUUCUGCCCACGCCUGACCCUACGAUCGGCGGAAGUGUUAUCUCUGAUGAGGACGUCGCUCUCCAACUCAUGCGCCUUGGCGACGCCUCGAACUUCUCGUCUCACGGUCGCCAAUCCACCUCGACCAUUGACGAUGCGCUGAGCGGCAAAGCCGAGCUUGCUUCGUCGGACGAAUGCAGUGAGGACGGCAGCGAGGUCGACGAGUUCCCUGCUUACACGGAGUCGCUUGACACUACGGUCCAUGUGCACGACCACGACCUGCACCAUUACGACAGCGCAGAGGAGAGCGACGAGUACGACGACCGGGAAGACUCGUUCAGGGGGGACAGCGACGAGAUUGUCCCUGACGACAAUGGCAUGGUCAUGCCGAAGAUGAUGAAGAAGCGUGCGGGAUCGCUGGUGACCAAGCUGUCCACCAAGAUGGUGAAGUCCCGUGUCCACAGCUCCAAGAACAAGGUGAAGACGCCGACAGUAGCAAAGGCUCCUAUCUCGCCUACUUCUCUUCCUCCAGCAUCGCGCAAGACGUCGAGUGCGUCGCUCUCGAUGCCGGCGUUCGCGCCCGAUGAGGAAGACUUGUCUACCAAGCCUCGCUGCCAGCGAUGCAGGAAGAGCAAGAAGGGGUGCGACCGUCAGCGACCUUGCCAGCGCUGCAAGGAUGCCGGCAUCGGCCAUGACGGCUGCGUCAGCGAGGACGAGGGCAAUGGCCGAAAGGGCCGUUAUGGUCGCCACAUGGGCGUCCCCGUCAAGAAGAUGAUCCCCGACGCACCUACGUUCCACGAGACGUCGAGCGUUAUGGGAGGCAUGGGUGGCUACAGCGCCCUCACCGCAGCGGCCGACAAGAACAAGAAGCGCAAGAGAUAA